AUGUAUCUUUCCAUAUUCAUCGAUAAUUUUGUAGGAGCAACGGAAAUUGUUGAGAAUUAUGAGCUACCAGCACACUCUAACUUACAUCAAAGAAAAUUGAUAAAACGUUCCAGAAGACAACUUGUUGAAGCAGAAAUAAAAUCAUAUGCUACAAUUCUGAUAACAUCAGCAGUAAUAGUGGCAUUGGCAUCAUUUGUUUGUCUGAUCAUUAUGUUACAUAUCUUUAUAUAUAUGAGAUGGGGUAUCACUCGUCAGCUCAUUCUUCUCAAUACCAAGGUUUGUGCGCUCGAGUCGCGUCUUGGAACACGUCAACUGUCGGAAGAAUUACAGAGGAAAUUGUGUGAAGAAAUUGGUGUCGCAUUUGGAACAGUUCAAAAUGAACGACAGAAAUUUGUUCAAGAAGUUGUUAAUGAAGAAAGAAAAAUGGUCGAAGAAGUGGUAAAAUCAGAAAGUGAACCACAAUAUGAAACAAUGUGCGGGAUAGGCGAUGAAGUUUUUACCACCAAAAAAGGCGGCGAAAAGAAUACCCUUAGACCAGCUCUAGUCCCGUCUUCCGAAAAGCCAGAUGAAGAUAAUCAUUAUGAGAACGUACCAAAAGCACCAGCAGUUGGUGGUAUGGUGGAUGAAGCAGAUCCCAAGUAUCAAACUCUUGUUGGCAUGGAUAACGAAAAAAUUUUCUCUGAAAAAAAAGCACCGACAAUAGGCGGUGUGGUAGAUCAAGCAGAUCCAGCUUAUCAAACACUUGUCGGUAUGGAAAAUGGGAAAGUUUUUCAAGAAAAAGGCAAAUAA